UGCACUGCUUCCUCUCAUUGAAGAAGUGAGGAAGACUCGGCGCAGUGCCUUUGCAGCAUCGCCGUCACAGCGUGAACACACACAUACACACGCACACGCGCGCGCACGUACACACGCACACGCACGGAGGGAGGCUGCUGGUCCAAAAAAGCGGACGCCUUUCCUCCAGCGCUGACUGCGGGCCGACGACAAGCUCGGCUCUUCUCGGAUUCCCUUUAGGAUCUUUUCUUCCCCGUUGGAGACGCUCUCCACCCCCCACACCCAACAGCCAUGGCAGAUGAUGCGGACAUGCGCAACGAGCUGUCGGACAUGCAGCAACGUGCCGACCAACUCGCCGAUGAGUCGCUGGAAAGCACCCGUCGCAUGCUGCAGCUGGUGGAAGAGAGCAAAGAUGCCGGCAUUAGGACUUUGGUCAUGUUGGAUGAACAAGGAGAACAACUGGAGCGCAUCGAGGAGGGAAUGGACCAAAUCAAUAAGGACAUGAAGGAUGCAGAAAAGAAUUUGAACGAUCUAGGGAAAUUCUGUGGUCUUUGCUCCUGUCCAUGUAACAAGAUGAAGAGCGGGGCCAGCAAGGCCUGGGGGAACAACCAGGACGGGGUGGUCGCCAGUCAGCCGGCCCGUGUUGUGGAUGAGCGUGAACAGAUGGCCAUCAGUGGAGGUUUCAUUCGCAGGGUAACAGACGAUGCCCGGGAAAACGAGAUGGACGAGAACCUGGAGCAGGUGGGAGGUAUUAUCGGAAACCUGCGCCACAUGGCCGUGGACAUGGGCAACGAGAUCGACACUCAGAAUCGCCAGAUCGACAGGAUCAUGGACAAGGCCGAUUCCAACAAGACCAGGAUCGAUGAGGCCAACCAGAGGGCCACAAAGAUGCUGGGCAGUGGCUAAACAGCCCGCCGGCCGGCCCCGGCAAGCGCCAGCCGUUGCGGUGCGCGGCGCCGCACGUCGUCAAGACGCCGACGUGCUUUCAUCAUGAUCUUGACCUUCUUAGGUUUGCACACAUGCACAUAUCACCUCCCCUCCCCAUUGUAUAUGUCGUUCUGCGUGUCGUCUGUCGAGCUUUUUCAAGAUGAUGGUCCUCGUAAAAAUGAUGAUGAUUUCUGAUACGCCGUGCAUCUUUCUCUCCAAAGGUUCUUUCUAUAUAUUGCUGAGUUCAUGGCGCGCUGGUUUUUAUUCUCUUGUUCAAGACGCACACACACGGAUAGAAGUAGACGGCUAUGGACGGCAAGCGUAUACCCGGAAUGCGAUACGAGCCGUUUGUUUUGAUUCUUCCUUCUUUUUCAGUAUCUCGGCAUUGGCUCCGUAAAACGGUUUGGUGUAGGCUCCCGUCACACUCCUCGUUUUAGUGUUUUGCCACAGCAAAAAAAAAAAAAAAAGGGGGGGGGGGGCAGGGCACGGAGUCAUGAUCCGCCGAGUUGAAGAAGAUCGCAAACAGCACUUCCAAUCCGAAAAGCGAGUCGCCGGUCCCGUUUUCCACCGUUGCAAUCAUACUGAGUUUUGCUGUUUCGACAAUGUGCAACUCGAUUCUCUGUAGCUGUAUUCGGCAUUUGCAUUCCAAGUGAUGUGAAUUGUGCGUUCUCUGCAUGACAAAUGGUAGAGUUUAGACUUCUAAAUAAAACCUGUCUGAAAAAGUAUGUAUAAAAAAAACAAACAAACUAAAAAAAAAAAACAAGAAAAAAAACACAGCAGUAGCGACUUGACAAAACGCAUGCUCAGUAUUAGGACACAGUUGAUCGUUCCAUUCUUCCCUGCGAGUUUGCAAUAGUGCCACUCUUUCUGUCUUGAUAUAUUUACUGACUGUGACCAUCUUGUUGUAAAAUAAUGCAAAAGGAAUUACAAAAAAAAAAGUGGAUGUAAUGGAAUGGAAUGGAAAUGACGAAACAAAGAUUUGUGUGGUCGUAUUGCAAAAAACAAAAAAAAACAAAAACAAAAAAAAUGAGAAAAAAAAGACCUGUUUUCUAAACGAUUAUGCAGUUCCGUGAUGAGGAUGUCGAUUCAGUGCUGAACGAGGAGGACUGGUUGUGUACUGUAACAUAGGUUUUGGAUGCUCUGAGUAAAUAAAUAAACGUUUGCAAUGUAAAGCAAAGGCGCAUAUUUCUGAGAGACCUUACUUUUAUAAGAAGACUGUAUCUGUAAGUUUAUUCUCCCCGUGUGGUUUGUUAUUGGCACCAAAAAAAUGAAAAACUAAACACUAUGUUGACGAUAACUAUACACUGAAA